UUAUCCCUUUCACAAGGCAGCCACAACCACUCAAAUUUCUCAGCUUAAUUAUGAAAGCCACAUGCAUCAAUUCGCCUCCUGGUCCACCCUACGGCUAUAUUGCUGUCCAGACAUUGAUUUUCAACAUAUCCUUUUUCUUGACCCUCAUUAACGUGAAUAUCUAACCUGUGUCAGUGUCACUGUCUUUAAUUAUAAAGUUGUCACGAAUUUCUCGACCCGGUAACAACAAUUUUCUUGACUUUAUUGGCGCCAUAGUAGUCAGGGCUAUGCUUACAAGGUUUUUGUUGUUAUGCUAAUUUAAUAUUAGGGGAUUGUCGUUAUUGUUUGUGUUAAUAAUCAUGAGGGAAGAAAUGCCGCGGAUAGAGAGAAAAUUAUGAGGGAAAAGGGAAGAAAAUGCACUCACCUUGUGCUGGAGAAGCAUCAACACCGUGCUUUAAUGGCUGUUUUUCAUCUUCUUUUCUUGCUUCUGAGGAGUCUCAUACUGAUACAUCUGUGAAUGGAAGCAGAUCAGGCUAUGAUUUUGUUGCAGCUACUUGUUCAACUCUUCAUCCAAAUGCUCAGUUCACUAACCAUGAGGCUCUUCCUUCUCUGCAAGAGUCAUAUUUGAACUUCACAAAAGCUUUUCCUCUAUAUUCCAAAACCCUUAAGGCUGAUCAGAUUAGAGACCAAGAGUAUUAUCACUUGAAUUUCUCUAACCUCUGUUUUGAUUAUACUGGAAAUGGCCUUUUCUCUUAUGCUCAGCGGCAACGGUCCUGCCCAGGAACUUCAAUCGCUUCUUCCUCUUCAUCUCAUCCUCCUCCAUUAAUUCCUUUAGAACCUCCAUUCUUUGAUAUUUCUUACAAGUCUGUGAAUUUGCAUUCCCAGGUAGUUUACGGUGGUGAUGAAUCAGAACUAGAGACCAGAAUCAGAGAAAGAAUUUUGGCAUUUAUGAAUUUCUCUGAAGAUGAUUACGCUCUCGUAUUCACUGCCAAUCAGAUAUGUGCUUUCAAGCUUCUAGCUGAUUCCUUCCAAUUCACACCUAAUGGAAACCUCCUCACAGUUUAUGAUCACAAAAGUGAUUCAUUAGAUGAGAUGAUCAAGAGCUGUUACAAGCAAGGAACACAUGUUCUGUCAGCAGAAUUCUCAUGGCCCGAUCUUCGGAUCAACAUGAAGAAACUAAGGAAGAUGAUUAUGAGCAAUAGGGAUAAGAAAAAAAGAGGCCUUUUUGUAUUCCCAGUUCACUCCAGAGUUACUGGAUCACCAUAUUCAUACAUGUGGAUGUCCGUGGCUCAAGAAAAUGGUUGGCAUGUGUUGCUUGAUGCUUGUGCAUUAGCACCUAAAGAAAUGGACACUUUAGGUCUAUCUCUGUUCAAACCUGACUUUCUUAUUUGUUCAUUUUACAAAGUUUUUGGAGAUAACCCUUCUGGGUUUGGCUGCUUAUUUGUCAAGAAAUCUAGCAUCUCUGCUUUAAACGAUUCACCAAGUGCCACCAGCAUCGGAAUUGUGAGUCUCAUCCCAGCAUUGAGAAAACCAGAAUCCAUUUCUGAUGAAGAAGAAUCUGAGCCCGAACCCCAAUCAGAGCCCAAAUCAAGCAAAAAGGUUGAAACUUGUGGCAGAUUAGAAGUGGAAUUGAGAGGAUUGAAUCAUGCAGACGAAGUUGGGCUAAUAGGGAUCAGCAGUAGAGGAAGGUAUCUGGUGAACUGGGUAAUCCGUGCACUGAUGAGUCUGCAGCAUCCAAACUCAGAAACAGGGUCUUCUUUGAUAAAGAUCUAUGGAUCGAAGAUAAACUCUCACAGAGGGCAUUCGAUUGCAUUCAAUGUGUUUGACUGGAAAGGAGAGAAGAUUAAUCCGUUGCUUGUGCAGAAACUAGCUGAUCGGAACAACAUAUCUUUGAGUAAUGCGAUUUUGCAGAACGUGAAGAUGAAUGAACGAGACUGGUGUGAAGUGGAAGGUGCGGGCCAACUAAGGAAGAAGACGAUGACGACGAAACAGGAUUGUGGGAUAUCAGUUUUGACGGCUUCACUAAAUUUCUUGACAAAUUUUGAAGAUGUGUACAAGCUCUGGUCGUUUAUUUCCAGGUUCUUGGAUGCAGAUUUUGUAGAGAAGGAGAGAUGGAGGUAUAUCGCCCUCAAUCAAGAGACCCUUGAGGUUUGAACAGUAUAUUGUUUUGUAUGAGAUCUCACUAUAAACGAAUUUUUGACAAGAAUGUGAGAUUUCAAUAAAAUUUAGUUAGUACAUUCAAUUCCAAUUGCAUGAGACUGUAUGACGGGAAGGCUGUCUUGUUCUUGAAAAAAUCAUUCUUUUUAUUUAAUAUAUCCUUUUAAAAUA